GAGGGAGGAACCAUUGCCGCUCCAGGUGUCGCACCAAACACACGGGGCACCUCGCUGUCUAUCCGUCUCGAUCUGGAUCAACGUCGCUCGAUGUCAUCUCAUUGUUUCCUCGAUCUACAAGCCUAGGAUCGCUAGAUCGCUUUGAUAUGCGAUUUCAACGCUGAAGUCAUUUGGAAACUGCGGAUGCCACUCAGUUUGUCAUCCUCGCGGAGUGUCACCUUGCGUUUGUGCCGAACUUCAUUACGUCAUUUUUAUAGGUGACCAGAAUGAAGCAAACCCUCAGUGUGUAAGAUGAUUCAUAGGAGAAAAAACUCCAGACAUAUUCCCAACAAAAGUAACACUGUCAAGACAGAAUUACCAACAAUGACACAUUUGACAAAGAGAACUUUUACCCAGACCGAAUGACUACAGGCGAGACAGACUUAAUAGGAUCUAAUAAUUUGGACAACAGAUAGCAGCAUAGUGGAAUAUUCAAGCCUUGAGAUGGAGGUGGAACGGCCGGACGUUGUAGAGGAAGAGUCCUUCUCCAAGGGUGGCCAAGACAACCCUGAUGGCAAGAAGAGCAGGGGUCACACUUGUGAACUCUGUGGAAGAAGUUUUCCUUUCCUCAGCUCCUUGUCCCAGCACAUGAGAAAGCACACUGGGGAGAAACCAUACAAGUGUCCUCACUGUGAGCACCGCUCAGCCCAGAAGGGUAGCUUAAAGGCCCACAUUCGCAGCCACAAACUGGACGGCCUCAGCCAGAGCACCGGCGGUGAGGAGGAAGAUGUGGACGAAGAAGGGGAAAAGGAAGGAGGGGUGCCAGAAGAUCAAGGUGGUUGCUCCAGUCCGACCGAGAGUACCUCGGCCUGCAACAAGGUUGUGAGUGGUGAGGAGUCGACCAAAUCGAGGAAGAAAGGUGGGAAGAAGGAAAGAACCUCUAGUGAGAAUGACAAACAGUCAGUGCAGUGCUCUCUGUGCAUAAAAAGAUUGUCCAGUCAGGCAGAGCUUGAACAGCAUAUGCAGGAGCUUCACAAGUUCUUCCGAUGUGAACUGUGCCCUUAUGAGACUUUGCAGAAGGACAAACUGCAGGCUCAUGUUGAGAAGGUACAUCCUAUCGAGGAGGAAUCUAUCACCAAAGAAGUCUCUAUAAGCGAGGAAGCUGACGGUAAAGGCGAGUUCUCAUGUGAACAAUGUGACCAGGUGUUCACACAGGCCUGGUUUCUGAAAGCUCACAGAAAAAAGCAUCAGAACAGUCUGGAUCAUGGGUGCCGGAUCUGUGGACGCCGCUUUCGUGAGCCCUGGUUUCUACGUAGCCACAUGAAGACCCACAACACCAAGGUAAAACCAAAGAGUGAUGCCUACCUUCCGGCUACUGUCAAUGAGGUGGCGCAGGACGAGUCCAACUUGGUGAACGAAGUGUGUGUGUAUGAACUCUGUGCCAAGUGUGGAAACUUCUUCCACAACCGCAAGAGCUUGCUGUUGCACGAACAGGUCCACAGAAAUGUUGAGCAGCCUCCUAACAAUACCUUCUGCUGUGAUAAGGACUUCACAUCUGUCACCAAGACAAGCUUCUUGGAAUGCCUAAACUUGAAACCAGCAGGAAAUGAAGAGAACCCCGCUGAGGGAACUCUAGGAAAAAGAAUCCCGGAGCUUGAUCCAGUAAGUAGCUACCAGUCUUGGCAACUGGCCACCAGAGGCAAAGUGGUGGAGGUAACGGAGAAGAGCCUGGGUUGGGAAGAGAGAUUAGCCGAUGCAGAUGUAGCAUACGACAGGGAAAAGGGCGAGUAUGUCUUGCUCAGACAGGACAAGCGGAAGAAGUCGCUUGAUUCAAUGGCGAGUAUCCCAACCAAGAAACGGAGAGGGGCUGGGACCCAAGGCUCCAAUACAGAUCACCACAGCAAUGGAGAAAGGAACGGCCAGGUCUCGACAGGUGAGCGAAGCCCAGAGAAUCUGAGUGACACUGAGUACCGCCCUACUUCUCGCCCUAGCCGUAAGAAUUCCCAGAAAACCUCAGAGUGCUUGGAGUGCGGAAAGGGCUUCCGCACACAGCAACAGAUGGUGAUCCACAUGCUCAUCAGACAUGGUGGCUUGGGUGAAACCAUUGGUGGAAAUGGACUGUUCCGUAAAGCAACGUCCAGCCCAUCUAAAGCAGGCGAAUCAGCAGGACUCUUCAGGGAUCAAAAACAAACAGGGUUAUUUAGGGACACAGAUAAAAAGCCAUACACCUGUGAGCACUGUGACUUUUGCACCUCAGAGCCCUCGGCCAUCGCUGCCCAUGCACAAACGCAUCAUUUGGCAAUCAGGAACUGGGGCCAGAGGAGUGAUGCCUUAACCAGCUCACUCAGCCAAAGCCAACCUCACCAAACCAACCACACAGGCUUCCCAAGGCUGAGAAAUGCCCUGCUGCAGCAGCCCUAUUGGCCCUACACCAGCUCAACUCACCUGGAGAGGGCAGCACUGAGUGAUGCCACGUCAAAUGCUGAGGAAAACAACAAGGGGUUGGAAGAAAGUAGCACCACGGAUAAAGCAGAUGCUAAUCUGCUUAAUCUCUCCAUGGAGGUGGAUGAUGAAAAAGAAGAGGUUUCUUCCAUGUUAUUGAAAAGUUUAGUUCGACACCAGUGUCCUUAUUGCUCGUAUGCAACACUCUAUCCAGAAGUUCUCUGGAUCCACCAACGAAUUGCACAUAAAGUUGACAGCACUACGUUGGUGCCUAAGUGGGCCCCGAGAAAUGGCCUCAAGGGGCCCAAAUCACUUCUCGAUUUCAAGAGACGCACUGGACCACCUCCGUUUCUGGAGGGUAAGGAUUGCCCCUCUCUGCCGCAGAUGAGAACUUCCCGAACGAGUCCACCUGAUUGCAGCCCUGGAGGGAUGAAGAAAUCAAAACCUCAGACAAGUAGCGUAGAGUCCAGCUCCUCGCAAAGCAAGAGCUGGCACACAGCCUCAGCACCGGGGGCAUCAUCUCACUCGUCCAAACACAAGACCAGCAAGUCCAGGACAGAUGAGUUGGCAGGCAGUAAACACAAAGCAGACGUCCAUCAAAACAGUUCCUCGCGGCCUACGGCAAGUCCUCAGAAGACUGGAAACCCAAAGACAGGAAUCAGAGUGAUGGAGAGUGGUCUGCUACCUCAAGAGGGACUUCAUUUUAUGCUCUCUAGCAAACACAAACUCUCAGAUCACAGGAGCUCCAAAGCCCAUGCUCCUCAGAUCCCCAGCAGGUCUGAUUCUCAAGCUCAGGAUACACCGUCCAUUGCUGGGUACGACCCCUGGAGCAGACUUGGCUUGAGUGGCCCAUCCUCUCACUCCCAGUCCAAGAGACAGUCGACGACCGAUGGUCUAGAACCUGUGACAGACAUCCUGAGUUUCUUGAAGAACUGUAAUCCUCAUGAUCUAGCUGCUCUCUACCACCACUGGGGCUUCAACAGCACCAUGGCAGAGCAAGCAGGGUUGGCGAGGUCAGGGUCUCAGCAGGGGGAGUAUGUGUGUCCAGUGUGCAGGAAGAGCUUCAACCAGCCCAGCCAUUACCGCACACAUAUGAGAUCACACACAGGUGAGCGACCUUUCCAGUGCCGAUACUGUCCUUACAGCGCCUCGCAGAAAGGUAACCUGAAGACCCAUGUCCAGACCGUGCACCGUCUAGCCUUCGACAAUGCGCAGUACCUGGACAGGAGACUCCGCCAAGCCCCUACCAAUGAACCCACGGACCCUUCCGGAUCUCACUGAGCAUGCCCACCUCCUCACGACCAGUUCAAAUGAGGGCUGAAAUCUAUAGAAGGUCCAUCAAAACACUUUGAUGCUCAAAUACGGCAUUCGAGGAAGACGUAACGUAAUGUACAGCAUUGGAUUCGUUCGUGUUUUUAGUUUAGUUGGACUUUCCGUGUUUCCUUUUUAUUUUCACCCGACACAAAGCUCUAGAUUAAACUGAAAGGGGGUGACACAUGUUUACACCUCCUUUAUCCAGAGACUUAUGAAAAAACUUGAGGGCUAAAGCCUUGACAACACGAGGUCAGAGCUGAUGGAGUAGGACAGUGAGCUGUGUUCUCAAACCCAAGGACUUCAGCUGAUCCCCUAAACUUGAAAUGCUGCCUCCGAGUUCCCCGAUUGACUAGUUGUUAAAAACAAAAUAGCCUUAGUGCGCAAGGAGUGUAGUUUGUGCGUGCGUGUGCGAUUGUGUUUUCCACAUUCUACUUCUCAGGACUUGAGUUAGACACAAUUCCAAAGCCUGCAUUCGUUCACACAAGUGUGUAACUGCACGCGAAGGAGACAUGCAGUGAAAUUCAUUACUUAGUUUUGUUGAUUAUAAGCGCAUAUAUAUA